UGUCGUCGGCAAGGCAGCAGGUAGCUAGCUAGUAGGAAAGCAAUGCGGUGGUACGCGAACGCGAAGGAGGUUGGCGGCGGCGGCGGCGGCGCCGGCACGGUGGUGCUGGCCCACGGCUACGGCGCCAACCAGACGCUGUGGGACAAGCUCCUGCCGGCCCUCUCCCAGCACCACAGGGUCAUCCUCUUCGACUGGGACUUCACCGGCGAACGGGAGGAGGCAGCGGAACGGUACACGUUCGGCAGGUUUGCCGACGACCUUAUCGCGCUCAUGGACGACAAGGGGGUGCGGGGCGCGGUGGUGGUGGGCCACUCCAUGUCCGCCAUGGUCGCCUGCAUCGCAUCGGCCAGGAGGCCCGACCUCUUCGCCCACCUCGUCCUCCUCUGCGCGUCUCCCAGGUACCUGGACUCGCCUUCCGAGGGGUACGUGGGUGGCUUCGACCGGGCGAGCAUCGACGCCAUGCUUGCCGCCAUGGAGUCGGACUUGGGCGCCUGGGUGAGGGGCUUCGUGCCCAACGCCGCGGGCGCCGACCCGUCCGCCACUGCAGAGCUGGAGCAGAGCUUCCUGUCCAUGCACCCGCGCGUGGCGCUGGAGGUGGCCCGGAUGAUCUUCCUAUGCGACCAGCGCGGGGCCCUGGACGCCGUGGCCGCGCCGUGCACCGUCGUCCAGGUGUCGGACGACUUCGCGGCGGCCCCCGCCGUGGCGGAGUACAUGAGGGGCAGGAUGAAGCGGGCGGCGGAGGUGGAGGUGGUGGUCAUCGACUCCGUCGGACACUUCCCGCAGCUCGUCGCGCCGCAGCAGCUGCUCGCCGUGCUGAAGCGCGUGCUACAGCGUGCUGCUGCAGCCAACGAGGAGCGCGCGGCGGCAGCGGAAGAAGAGGCCGAUGGUGGCAUCGAUGUCACGGCCUAGGUAGAUGCCUCUGUGCUUGUAAGUUAACGGAUGUUACUUGAAUGGGAUACGCGCAUCAUUUCUCCC